GAGACGGACCGACCGUCGGUCUCUGCUUAGUGCGCCCCUACUGCGGGGAGCGGGCAAGGGUCGGUCCAGGGAGCCACUGGGGGAGCCCAGCGAGCCCCCCCGAGCAGCUCCCUCCUGAACCCGGGACCGAGCAGGUGCAGCAGACUUUGCAGCCGCUCACCCCCCAGGUCUUGAAUGAUGGCAGCUUGGUGUCCCACAGUCUCCAGCCUAGCCCUCCUGGUGCUGCUGAGCACAGUCAGAGCAGGCCCCUUUACUCCACGGACCAAUGUGACCCGGUCAGCCCUGCGGCCUCCUCCUCAGCCAGGGGGUCUCACGGUGGAGCCAGGAGGGCGCGCCCGCUCUUCCCAGCACUAUGAGCACAACGUGGAAGGAGGGGAGAAGCAGGUCGUGUUCACCCAUCGCAUCAACCUGCCCCCUUCAACUGGCUGUGGCUGUCCUCCUGGCACUGAGCCCCCAGCUCCUGCUUCAGAAGUGCAAGCCCUGAGGGUCCGGUUAGAGAUGCUGGAGGAGCUCGUGCGGGGACUCAAGGAACAAUGCUCUGUGGGAUGUUGUCCUGCUAAUGCCCAGGCUGGCACAGGUCAGACCGACAUCCGCAGCCUCUGCAGCCUCCACGGCGUGUUCGACCUAAGCCGCUGCGCCUGCACUUGCGAGCCGGGCUGGGGUGGGGCCACCUGCUCGGACCCCACGGACGCCCCCGCCGCCGGGGUGUCCCCGUCGUCCCCACCCUCCGGCUCCUGCCCAGACGACUGCAACGACCAAGGGCGCUGCGUGGGCGGCCGCUGCGUGUGCUUCCCGGGCUACGCGGGCCCCAGCUGCGGCUGGCCCUCCUGCCCCUCGGACUGCCGCGGCCGCGGGCGCUGCGUGCAGGGCGUGUGCGUGUGCCGGCCGGGCUACUCGGGCGACGACUGCGGCCAGCGCUCCUGCCCCCGGGGCUGCGGCCAGCACGGGCGCUGCGAGGACGGCCGCUGCGUGUGCGACCCGGGCUACGCGGGCGACGACUGUCGCCUGCGGAGCUGCCCUCGAGGUUGCAGCCAGCGCGGGCUCUGCGUGAACGGGCGCUGCGUGUGCCAGCCGGGCUACGCGGGCGACGACUGCAGCGUCAAGAGCUGCCCACGGGGCUGCAGCCAGCAGGGCCGCUGCGAGAACGGCCGCUGCGUGUGCCACCCGGGCUACACGGGCGACGACUGCGGCACGCGCGGCUGCCCGUGGGACUGCGGCGACGGCGGGCGCUGCGUGGACGGCCGCUGCGUGUGCUGGCCGGGCUACGCGGGCGAAGACUGCAGCGCCCGCACCUGCCCGCAAGACUGCCACGGCCGUGGGCGCUGCGAGGACGGAGAAUGCAUCUGCGACACGGGCUACAGCGGGGACGACUGCAGCGUGCGCAGCUGCCCCGGGGACUGCAGCCAGCGCGGCCACUGCGAGGACGGCCGCUGCGUGUGCUGGCCGGGCUACACCGGGCCCGACUGCGGCGUGCGCGCUUGCCCGCAGGGCUGUCGCGGGCGCGGGCGCUGCGAGAACGGCGUGUGCGUGUGCCAAGCGGGCUACAGCGGCGAGGACUGCGGGGUGCGCAGCUGUCCCGGGGACUGCAGCGGCCGAGGACGCUGUGACAGCGGGCGCUGUGUGUGCUGGCCCGGCUACACAGGCCGCGAUUGCAGCCUCAGAGCCUGCCCCGGGGAUUGCCGCGGGCGCGGGCGCUGCGUGGACGGCCGCUGCGUGUGCAACCCGGGCUUUGCGGGCGAGGACUGCGGGAGCCGUCGGUGUCCCGGGGACUGUCGCGGGCGCGGGCGCUGCGAGGACGGCGUGUGCGUGUGCGACGCGGGCUACCAGGGCGAGGACUGCGGCGCCCGCAGCUGCCCCGCUGGGUGCAGAGGCCGCGGGCAGUGCGUGGACGGGCGCUGCGUGUGCGACGAGGGCUUCGAAGGCCAGGAUUGCGGCGUGCAGCGGUGCCCGCGCGACUGCCACCAGCGCGGGGUGUGCCAAGACGGCGUUUGCGCCUGCUGGGAGGGCUACGCGGGCGAGGACUGCGGGAUUCGGACCUGCCCUUCCAACUGCCACCGGCGCGGCCGCUGUGAGAAUGGGCGCUGCGUGUGCGACCCGGGCUACACCGGCCCGGCCUGUGCCACCCGCACCUGCCCGUCCGACUGCCGGGGUCGAGGCCGCUGCGUGCAGGGAGUGUGCGUGUGCCACGCGGGCUACGGCGGCGACGACUGCGGUCAGGACGCGCCUCCGUCCAGCGCCUGCCCGGGCGGCUGCGGGCCCCGGGCGCUGUGCCGCAACGGCCAGUGCGUGUGCGUGGAGGGCUUCACGGGCCCCGACUGCGCCAUCCAGACCUGCCCGGGAGACUGUCUGGGCCGCGGGGAGUGUCGCGAGGGCAGCUGCGUCUGCAAGGACGGCUACGCUGGGGAGGACUGCGGGGAAGAGAUACCAGCCAUUAAGAACAUGCGGAUGCAGCUGGUAGAGGAAACCACAGUUCGAACAGAGUGGACCCGGGAACCUGGUACUGUGGAUGCGUAUGAGAUUCAGUUCAUCCCCACGACAGAGGGGGUGAGUCCUCCCUUCACAGUACGGGUACCCAGCUCUGCCUCUGCCUAUGACCAAAGAGGACUGGCCCCGGGUCAGGAGUACAAAGUCAUUAUUCGUGCCCUUCGUGGGACCAACUGGGGUCCUCCUACAUCCAAGACCAUCACCACCAUGAUCGAUGGUCCCCAGGACCUCCGUGUAGUAGCUGUGACCCCGACCACACUGGACCUCAGCUGGCUGCGCCCCCAGGCUGAGGUGGACAGGUUUGUGGUAUCCUACGUCAGUGCUGGAAACCAGAGGGUGAGACUGGAAACACCUCCUGAUGCGGACAGGAUGCUGCUAACCGGCCUGAUGCCUGGUGUGGAGUAUGUGGUGACUGUCACUGCUGAACGGGGUGCUGCUGUCAGCUACCCAUCUUCCAUCAGGGCCAACACAGGUUUCUCCCCACCAGAUGUUUCAAAGACCACCGAUGAACCUCCUCCCUCUGGGCCCCCAACCACUCAAGGGGUCCGGGCCCCGGAUCUGCAACAUCGUCCUCAGGAGCUGGGAGAGUUGAAGGUGUUGGACCGAGACAAGACAGACCACCUCCGCGUGGUCUGGACAGCUCAGCCCGACACCUUUGCCCACUUCCAGCUGCACACGAAGGUGCAAGGGCAGCCAGAGGUGCACAAGGAACUGCUCCCAGGGGACGUCCGCGAGGCUCUGGUGCCCAAACCCCCUCCUGGAACCUCCUACGAGCUGACACUACGUGGGAUUCUCCCUAAUGGCGAAGCCACAGCUCCACUCACCUACUAUGGCAUUACAGACUGGAGUGAGACGAAGCCUGAGAAACCUCAGAACCCACCACGCUUUGGUGAGCUGACAGUGACAGAUGUGACCUCCGACUCAAUGAUUCUUCACUGGACGGUCCCAGAAGGCGAAUUCGACUCCUUUCUGAUCCAGUACAAAGACAGAAACGGACCCCAGAUGGUGCGCUUGGAGGGGCCUGAGCGAGAAGCUCACAUCACAAACCUGGAGCUGGGCCGCAAGUACAAGUUUAUCUUGUAUGGACUCGUGGGCAAGAAGAAGCAGGGCUCCCUGGUAGCUGAAGUCAAGAUCGUGCCUCAGACUGACUCGAGUCCUAUGCUGCCCCCUCGCCUGGGUCAGCUAUGGGUGACAGAUCCCACCCCAGAUUCCCUUCGCCUGUCCUGGACGGUUCUGGAGGGCCAGUUUGACUCCUUCCUGGUCCAGUACAAGGACAAGGAUGGGCGGCCCCAACUGAUACCCGUGGAAGGGCCAGAGCGCUCAUUCCUCGUCUCCCCGCUGCACCCUGACCACAAAUACAGAUUCAGUCUCUUUGGGAUUGCCAACAAGAAGCGGCAUGGCCCCCUCACGGCAGAUGGCACCACAGAACCCCCCAAAAAGAUGGAAAGCACACCAAGCCCCACAGAAGCGAGCAUGGAGCCCCCUGAGGAGCCUGUCCUGGGAGAGCUGACUGUGACAGGAUCAUCCCCAGACUCGCUGAGCCUCUCCUGGACGGUCCCCCAGGGCCGCUUUGACAGCUUCACUGUCCAGUACAAGGACAGCUAUGGGCAGCCCCAGCUGGUGCGUGUUGGUGGCGAGGAGCGUGAGGUGACCGUGCAGGACCUGGAGCCGGGGCGCAAGUACAAGAUGAACCUGUAUGGGCUGCAUGAGGGACAGCGAGUUGGCCCCGUGUCCACUGUGGGCAUGACAGAGCCCCCCACAGAGAUGGAAAGCACCCCAAGCCCCACAGAAGCCAUCACAGAACCCCCUGAAGAGCCUGUCCUGGGGGAUCUGACGGUGACAGGAUCGUCCCCAGACUCGCUGAGCCUCUCCUGGACGGUCCCCCAGGGCCGCUUUGACAGCUUCACUGUCCAGUACAAGGACAGUUAUGGGCGGCCCCAGCUGGUGCGUGUUGGGGGUGAGGAGCGUGAGGUGACUGUGCAGGGCCUGGAGCCAGGGCGCAAGUACAAGAUGAACCUGUAUGGACUCCACGAGGGGCGUCGUGUGGGCCCUGUGUCUACUGUGGGUGUGACCGCUCCAAGGAUGGAAGAGAUUCCUCCAGCCACAGAGUCCCCCCGGAAGCCACAGCUGGGGGAGCUGAUCGUGACAGAUGUGACCCCCAACUCUGUGGACCUUGCGUGGACAGUUGCUGAGGGCCAGUUCGACUCCUUUGUGGUCCAGUACAAGGACAAGGAUGGGUUGUCGCAGAUGAUUCAGGUAGCCCAAGACCAGCUUGAGGUCACCAUCCCAGGCCUGGAGCCUGCGCACACAUACACGAUGAACUUGUAUGGGCUGACUGAGGGGCAGCAUGUGGGCCCCCUCGCUGUGGUGGCCAUAACAGCUCCACUUCCUCCAACUGUAGCCACUGAAAUCCUCCAGAAGCCCCUCCUAGGCGAGCUGAAAGUGAUCAGUGUGACCCCAGACUCUGUGGGCCUCUCAUGGAUAGUCCCCCAAGGUGAAUUCGAUUCCUUCGUGGUACAGUACAAGGACAGGGAUGGGCAGGUUCAGAUGGUGCCUGUGGCUGCAGACCAGCGCGAAGUCAUCGUCCCCGGCCUGGAGCCCAAUAGGAAAUACAAGUUCAUGCUCUUUGGCAUCGAGGAUGGGAAGCGACGAAGCCCUGUCUCUGUGGAGGCAAAGACAGCUACUCCAGGUGACGCCUGCCUGGGGGCCCCACCCUGCCUAGCAACAGACCCCACCCCAAUCUAGCUGUGCCUCUCCUGGACAGUACCUGAGGGCCACUUCAACUUCUCUGUGCUUCAGUUCAAGGACAGGGAUGGGCCCCUGGUGGUAGCCUUGGAGGAUCACCAGUGCUUGGUCGCUGUCAGCCCCCUGGAUAGUGGCAAAAAAAACAGAUUUCUCCUCUACAGCCUCCCUGGCCCCAAUCACCAGCCCCUCUCCACUGACAGCACCACAAAGCCUCGGAGUGAUACUGUAAUCAAUCGUCCCCAAAAACCACUCCUGGGGGAAGAACUGAAGGUGACCAGCGUGACAUCGGACACUGUGGGUCUCUCAUGGACGGUGCCUGAGGGCCAGUUUGACUCCUUUGUGGUCCAGUACAAGGGCAAGGACGGGCAGCCCCAGGUGGUUUCCGUGGAGGGCCACCUGCGGGAGGUGAGCGUCUCUGGCCUGGACCCUGCCCGCCGCUACAAGCUGCUGCUCUACGGGCUGUACAAGGGCAAGCGUGUGGGGCCCCUGUCUGCCACCGUAACAACUAAUUCAGAGGAAGAGCCCCCCACAGAGAUGGAAAGCACCCCAAGCCCCACAGAAGCCAUCAUGGAGCCACCUGAGGAGCCUAUUUUGGGGGAGCUGACAGUGACAGGAUCAUCACCUGACUCACUGAGCCUCUCCUGGAUGGUCCCCCAGGGCCGCUUUGACAGCUUCACUAUCCAGUACCAGGAUAGUUAUGGGCGGCCCCAGCUGGUGCGUGUUGGUGGCGAGGAGCGUGAGGUGACCAUGCAGGGCCUGGAGCCGGGGCGCAAAUACAAGAUGAAUCUGUAUGGGCUGCAUGAGGGGCGUCGUGUGGGCCCCAUGUCCAUCGUGGGCAUAACUGAACCCCCCAGAGAGAUGGAAAGCACCCCAAGCCCUACAGAAGCCAACACGGAGCCCCCUGAGGAGCCUGUCCUAGGGGAGCUGAAAGUGACAGGUUCAUCCCCAGAUUCACUGAGCCUCUCCUGGACGGUCCCCCAGGGCCACUUUGACAGCUUCACUGUCCAAUACAAGGACAGUUAUGGGCGGCCCCAGCUGGUGCGUGUUGGGGGCGAGGAGCGUGAGGUGACCGUGCAGGGCCUGGAGCCGGGGCGCAAGUACAAGAUGAACCUGUAUGGGCUGCACAAGGGGCGUCAUGUGGGCCCCAUUUUCAUCGUAGGCAUGACAGAUUCAGAAGAAGAAUCUCCCACAGAGAUGGAAAGCACCCCAACCCCCACAGAGGCCAUCACAGAGCCCCCCAAGGAGCCUGUCUUAGGGGAGCUGACAGUGACAGGAUCUUCCCCAGACUCGCUGAGCCUCUCCUGGACGGUCCCCCAGGGCCGCUUUGACAGCUUCACUGUCCAGUACAAGGAUAGUUAUGGGCGGCCCCAGCUGGUGCGUAUUGGGGGCGAGGAGCGUGAGGUGACUGUGCCAGGCCUGGAGCCGGGGCGCAAGUACAAGAUGAACCUGUAUGGACUGCACGAGGGGCGGCGUGUGGGCCCCAUUUCCAUCAUAGGCAUGACCGUCCUCCAAGAGGAACCGGACUCCAUGAAGCCUCGCCUGGGGGAGCUGACAGUCACCGACACCACCCCUGAGUCCCUGAGCCUUUCCUGGACAGUCCCCGAGGGCCACUUUGACCACUUCCUGGUCCAGUAUAAGAAUGGGGACGGGCAGCCCAAGGUGGUACGGGUGCCAGGUUACCAGGACAGAGUUACCAUCUCGGGCCUGGAACCAGACCACAAGUAUAAGAUGAACCUUUAUGGCUUCCAUGGUGACCAACGAGAAGGACCCAUCUCAACUAUCGCUUCAACUGGUAAGUCAAAGGAGGAAGAGAUGACCCCAGUCACAUCAGCCCCCACCAUGACCUCACAGCAGUCCAUCAAGCCUCGCUUGGGGGAGCUAACAGUCACUGGUGCCACCCCUGGGUCCUUGAGCCUCUCCUGGACAGUUCCUGAGGGCCACUUCGACCACUUCUUGGUCCAGUACAAGAAUGGAGAUGGGCAUCCCAAGGCACUGAGGGUGCCAGGCCACCAGAGCAGGGUCACCAUCUCCGGCUUGGAGCCAGAUCACAAGUACAAGAUGAACCUGUUUGGCUUCCACAGUGGCCAGAGGGUAGGCCCUAUCUCUGCCAUUGGGGUGACAGUUUCAGAGGAAGAGCCCCCCACCGAGAUGGAAAGCACCCCAAGCCCCACAGAGGCCAUUACAGAGCCCCCUGAGGAGCCUGUCCUGGGGGAGCUGACGGUGACAGGAUCAUCCCCAGACUCACUGAGCCUCUCCUGGACGGUCCCCCAGGGCCGCUUUGACAGCUUCACUGUCCAAUACAAGGACAGUUACGGGCGGCCCCAGCUGGUGCGUGUUGGGGGCGAGGAUCGUGAAGUGACCGUGCAGGGCCUGGAGCCAGGGCGCAAGUACAAGAUGAACUUGUAUGGGCUGCAUGAGGGGCGGCGUGUGGGCCCCAUUUUCAUCGUAGGUGUGACUGGUGAGUGGAGAGAGAUGGAAAGCACCCCAAGCCCCACAGAAGCCAGCACGAAGCCCCCAGAGAAGCCUGUCCUGGGGGAACUGACGGUGACAGGAUCAUCCCCAGAUUCGCUGAGCCUCUCCUGGACGGUCCCCCAGGGCCGCUUUGACAGCUUCACUGUCCAAUACAAGGACAGUUACGGGCGGCCCCAGCUGGUGCGUGUUGGGGGCGAGAAGCGUGAAGUGACCGUGCCGGGCCUGGAGCCAGGGCGCAAGUACAAGAUGAACUUGUAUGGGCUGCAUGAGGGGCGGCGUGUGGGCCCUGUGUUCACCGUGGGUGUGACUGAAGAAGAGCCCCCCACAGAGAUGGAAAGCACCCCAAGCCCCACAGAGGCCAUUACGGAGCCCCCCAUUGAGCCUGUUCUGGGAGAGCUGACAGUGACAGGAUCAUCCCCAGAUUCGCUGAGCCUCUCCUGGACAGUCCCCCAGGGCCACUUUGACAGCUUCACUGUCCAGUACAAGGACAGUUAUGGGCAGCCCCAGCUGGUGCGUGUUGGGGGCGAGGAACGUGAAGUGACCGUGCAGGGCCUGGAGCCAGGGCGCAAGUACAAGAUGAACUUGUAUGGGCUGCAUGAGGGGCGGCGUGUGGGCCCCAUUUUCAUCGUAGGUGUGACUGAUUCAGAGGAAGAACCCCCCACAGAAAUGGAAAGCAUCCCAAGCCCCACAGAACCCAUCAUGGAGCCCCCCAUUGAGCCUGUCCUGGGAGAGCUGACGGUGACAGGAUCGUCCCCAGACUCGCUGAGCCUCUCCUGGACGGUCCCCCAGGGCCGCUUUGACAGCUUCACUGUCCAAUACAAGGACAGUUACGGGCGGCCCCAGCUGGUGCGUGUUGGUGGCGAGGAGCGUGAGGUGACCGUGCAGGGCCUGGAACCAGGGCGCAAGUACAAGAUGAAUCUGUAUGGGCAGCACGAGGGGCAGCGUGUGGGCCCCGUGUCCACCGUGGGUGUGACUGAGGAAGAGCCCCCUACAGAGAUAGAAAGCAAGCCAAGCCCCACAGAAGCCAGCACGGAGACACCUGAGGAGCCUGUCCUGGGGGAGCUGAAGGUGACAGGAUCAUCCCCAGACUCACUGAGCCUCUCCUGGAUGGUCCCCCAGGGCCGCUUUGACAGCUUCACUGUCCAGUACAAGGACAGCUAUGGGCGGCCCCAGCUGGUGCGUGUUGGUGGCGAGGAGCGUGAGGUGACCGUGCAGGGUCUGGAACCAGGGCGCAAGUACAAGAUGAACCUGUAUGGGCUACAUGAGGGGCAGCGUGUGGGCCCCGUGUCCACCAUGGGUGUGACCGAUUCAGAAGAAGAGCCCCCCACAGAGAUGGAAAGCACCCCAAGCCCCACAGAAGCCAUCAUAGAGCCCCGAGAGGAGCCCGUCCUGGGGGAGCUGACAGUGACAGGAUCAUCCCCAGAUUCUCUGAGCCUUUCCUGGACAGUCCCCCAGGGCCGCUUUGACAGCUUCACUGUCCAGUACAAGGACAUUUAUGGGCAGCCCCAGGUGGUGCAUGUUGGGGGCGAGGAGCAUGAGGUGACCGUGCAGGGCCUGGAACCAGGGCGCAAGUACAAGAUGAACCUGUAUGGGCUGCAUGAAGGACGGCGUAUGGGCCCCGUGUCCACUGUGGGUGUGACCGCAAAGGAUGAAGAAAUGGCCCCAGUUGCAACAGCCCCAUCCAUGAUCACCCAACCGUCCACCAAGCCUCACCUAGGGGAGCUGACAGUCACUGAUGCCACUUCUGAGUCCCUGAGCCUCUCCUGGACAGUCCCUGAGGGCCACUUCGACCACUUCUUGGUCCAGUACAAGAAUGGGGAUGGGCAGCCCAAGGCACUGAGGGUGCCAGGCCACCAGCACAGAGUCACCAUCUCCGGCUUGGAGCCAGAUCACAAGUACAAGAUGAACCUGUUUGGCUUCCACAGUGGCCAGCGGGUGGGCCCUGUCUCUGCCAUCGGAGUGACAGAAAUGGAAAGCACCCCAAGUCCCACAAAAGCCAGCACAGAAGCCCCCGAGGAGCCUGUACUGGGGGAUCUGACAGUGACAGGAUCGUCCCCAGAUUCGCUGAACCUCUUCUGGACGGUCCCCCAGGGCCGCUUUGACAGCUUCACUGUCCAGUACAAGGACAUUUAUGGGCAGCCCCAGCUGGUUCGUGUUGGGGGCGAGGAGCGUGAGGUGACCGUGCAGGGCCUGGAACCGGGGCGAAAGUACAAGAUGAACUUGUAUGGGCUGCAUGACAGGCGUCGUGUGGGCCCCGUGUCCACCGUAGGUGUGACCGCUCCACUACCCACACAGCCUCUCAUGGAACCUCGCCUAGGGGAACUGGCUGUGGUGGCUGUGACCUCAGACACAGUGCAUCUCUCUUGGCCAAUGGCCCAGGGCCCUUUCGACUCCUUCCUAGUGCAGUACAAGGGUGCUCAGGGCCAGCCGCAGGCAGUGUCUGUGUAUGGAGACCUCCGCGAGGUCAUCAUCUCUGACUUGGACCCAGCCCGCAAGUACAAGUUCCUCCUCUUUGGGCUCCAGGAUGAGAAGAAGCACGGACCAGUGUCUGCAGAGGCAAAGACUCUCCCAGACAGGAAACCUUCACCCGUCCUGGGGGAGCUGACAGUGACCAGUGUGACCUCAGACUCCAUUGGCCUUUCAUGGACAGUCCACCAGGGUCAAUUCGACUCCUUCAUGGUGCAGUACAAGGACAGGGAUGGGCAGGUCCAGAUGGUGCCUGUGGCUGCAGACCAGCGAGAAGUCAUUGUACCCGACCUGGAGCCCAAUAAGAAAUACAAGUUCAUGCUGUAUGGGCAGGCAGGCAGAAAGCGACUGGGCCCCAUCUCUGCUGAGGGCACCACUGCUGCCCUGGAGAAGAAGCCUCCACCCAGCCUUGGGGAGCUGACAGUGACAGGCGAAACCCCUGACUCGCUGCGCCUCUCUUGGACAGUGGCCCAGGGCCCCUUUGACUCUUUCCUGAUCCAGUUCAAUGAUGCAGACGGACGACCCCGGACAGUGCCUGCAGCCGCAGACCAGCGGGAAAUCACCAUAGAGGACUUGGAGCCCCACAGAACAUAUACAUUUCUGCUUUAUGGGAUCAUUGGGGGGCAGCAUCUGGGCCCCAUUUCUGUCCUGGGAGUAACUGCCCCAAAAGAAGACAAGCCAGAGGCCCCUGAGCCAUUAGAAGAGCCCCAGCUCGGAGAGCUGACAGUGAGCGAGGUGGCCCCGCAUUCCCUGCGACUCUCCUGGACUGUGGCCCAGGGCACCUUUGAUUCUUUCAUGGUCCAGUACCCAGGAGCAAAUGGGAAGCCCCAGACCUUGCUCGUGGGUGGCAACCAGAACAAGGUCCUCGUGUCAAACCUGGAGCCCAGCACCUCCUACAAGUUCCUGCUCUAUGGCCUCCGUAAUGGGAAGCGCCUGGGGCCCAUCUCAGCAGAGGGUACCACAGGGCCAGCGCCACCGGGUCAGACCUCAGGGGAGCCAGGCCCACGCUUGUCCCAGCUCUCAGUAACCGAUGUCACCACCAGUUCCUUGCGGCUCAACUGGGAGGCCCCACCUGGGGCAUUUGACUCCUUCCUGCUCCGCUAUGGGAUCCCGUCAUCAAGCCCCCUGGAGCCGUACCCGCGGCCCCUGAUGCUGAGAGAACUGAAGGUGAAGGGAGAUCUUCGAACGGCCGUGCUGCGUGACUUGAGUCCCAGCACCCUGUAUAGCCUCACACUGUAUGGACUGCGCGGCCCCCACAAGGCCGACAGUGUCCAGGGCACUGCCCGCACCCUCAGCCCAGUUCUGGAAAGCCCCCGUGACCUUCAAUUCAGUGAAGUCAAGGAGCACUCAGCCAUCGUCCACUGGACACCGCCCCUAUCCCAAGUGGAUGGCUUCAAAGUUUCCUAUCAGCUGUCUGGCGGAGGGGAACCCCAGAGUGUGCAGGUGGACAGAAAAGCCCUGAACCAGCUGCUGGAGGGACUGGCCUCAGGUAGCACCUACGAGGUGACCGUGGUCUCCAUCCGUGGCUUUGAGGAGAGUGAGCCCCUCACCGGCAUCUUCACGACAGUCUCCGAUGGUCCCACCAAUAUCCAAGUGCUUAACUUGACAAAAGAAACUGCGGUGCUGCUCUGGGACCCCCCCAACUUGCCUGUGGACAAGUACGACCUCGAGGUCACAGCCGAAAAGGUGCCCCCGAUUUCGGGCUCAGCCCCAGGCACUGCCGUGGAGUACACACUGGACAAAUUGGAGCCCUACACCAACUAUACAGCCACCAUGUGGGGCACACGUGGUUCGAACUUAACCUCCUCUGCCAGCGUCAACUUCACCACAGGGCUAGAGGCUGCUCGGGAUCUGGAGGCCAAGGAAGUGACCCCUCGUACAGCCUUGCUCACUUGGGCUGAGCCCCAAGACCCGCCAACUGGGUACCUGCUCAGCUUUAGCAGCCCUGGAGGAGAGACCCAGGAAAUCCUGCUCCCUGGAAGUAUCAUCUCCUAUCAGCUCCAGGGUCUCUUUCCCUCCACCCUCUAUAGCGCUUGGCUCCGGGCCAUGUGGGGCGAGAGCUUCACGCCACCUGUGUCCACCUCCUUCACCACCGGUGGGCUGCGGGUCCCCUUUCCCAGAGACUGCGGGGAAGAGAUGCAAAAUGGAGCUAGCACCUCCAGACCCACCACCAUCUUCCUCAAUGGCAACCGCGAGCGCCCCCUGAACGUGUAUUGUGACAUGGAGACAGACGGAGGCGGAUGGCUGGUGUUCCAGCGGCGCAUGGAUGGAAAGACUGACUUCUGGAGGGACUGGGAGGAAUAUGCCCACGGCUUCGGGAACAUCUCCAGGGAGUUCUGGCUGGGCAAUGAGGCCUUGCACAGCCUGACUAAAGCUGGUGACUACUCCCUGCGUGUGGACCUGCGGGCAGGAGAUGAGGCCGUGUUCGCCGAGUACGACUCUUUCCGCGUGGACUCGGCUGCCCAAAAUUACCGCCUCCAUGUGGAAGGCUACCAUGGCACAGCAGGGGACUCCAUGAGCUACCACAGCGGCAGCGUCUUUUCCGCCCGAAACCGUGACCCCAACAACUCGCUCAUCUCCUGCGCUGUCUCGUACCGCGGGGCCUGGUGGUACAGGAACUGCCAUUAUGCCAACCUCAACGGGCUCUACGGAAGCACAGUGGACCACCAGGGAGUGAGCUGGUACUACUGGAAGGGCUUUGAGUUCUCCGUGCCCUUCACGGAAAUGAAGCUGAGACCAAGAAACUACCAGCCUCCGGUGCAGGGAGGUUGAGCUGCUGCUCCCGCCAGGGUGUGACUACAAACCAAGCACUGAGGGGUGACACCCGGAGAAGAGCCCAGGUGCCUUCACCCAGCAAAGGAGGAGCCUUCACCUGCGAUCUCACAGCACUAUGUUUACAGGGGGGAGGGGAAAGGGUCGUAGGGGAGCAAUAAAAGGAGAAACCGAGGCA